GCUUGCAGUGAGUUCACCAGCCACGUGCUGAACCUGCUGAGGGAGCAGAGCCGCACGCGCCCCAUCGGCAGCCGGGAGAUCCAGAGCAUGGUGGGGCUGAUCCAGGGCAAGUUCAGCUCCAUCCAGCUGCAGCUCAAGCAGAGCACCUGUGAGGCCGUCAUGAUCCUCAGGUCCAGGUUCCUCGACGCCAGGAGGAAGAGGCGCAAUUUCAGCAGGGAGGCCACCGAGGUGCUGAAUGAAUAUUUUUAUUCUCACCUUCCCAACCCCCAUCCUGGCCGUAUUUUUAUAUUUUUAAUUUUUUUUCCCCAGGUUUCCAACUGGUUUGGGAACAAACGCAUUCGAUACAAGAAGAACACGGGGAAAUUCCAGGAGGAGGCCAAAGUUUACAGCACCAGGGGCUGCCCCUGCCCUGCCCAGCAGGGUCAGAAAUCCUCAAUUAAUUAA